UUUCAAAUGUUGUCGCCAUCGAUAUCAACGUUGAGCUCGACAUUUUCCAGUUUGCUUUAGAAAUGAUCUGAUGCUUUCAUAACCCUGAACACGAUUACCUCGUGUCAUCUGGAGUUAUCCGAUAUUCAUCGCAGCCUUGUUAAGGUGUCCCUCCCCCUAAAUUUCGCCUCCCAUUAACUCACACAACCUGUGCAACAGCAUGUUUGAAGAUGACGAAGACUCUCUCUUUGGCUCGCCGCCCCCGUCUCCAGUUAGAGGUAGGUCACCAGCGUUACCAGCUCAAGCAGCCCAAGAGAGGGGCACAGGCAUAACACAAAAUGUGGGGACCAUUGCACUUCCUGGUUCCCAUAUGUCAUGUUCUGAACUACCAGCCGAACUACCAGCCUUGCCGUUUGGUGGCUUUAGCACUCGCGAGCUUCCUCCCUCACAUGCCCUGCCACUGCAGCUAGCGCAAAAUAGCUUGCAUUUGACGCAAUCGCCUCGUGUUGCGUCAUCAGGAGCUCCUUCGGUAUCUCGUCCCUCUUCGAGGGCUGCGGGAAAACGGAAAAUAACCAAAUCAACAUCUUCCAUACCCCGUCCUCCGCCCCCUCCCAUUCCGCUCCCAGGUCCAGAUGAGCCGGUGCCUUCUAAUUUCUUGCGGAACCAGGAAGCAUUAUUGGGCAUAGCGGGCCUCGUCGGGAACGUGAAGCCCACCAGCCUUCCACAACAACGGGGGUCUACGCCUUCCAAUCCAAUCAUUGUCGAGGAAUUGGACCCAACGCGCGUCGCACAGUUCUCUCACCUGCCUUAUUUCGAUCCUAGUCAACUCCCUCCUCUCAACGGAGAAGAUGCCAUCACAACCCUCAUGAGACAGAAAAGUAUAUCUCCCGUGUUAUCAAGCAUCUUGAAACUCCUGGGAAAUUCUCCAGCUGCGUCUACAUAUCCAUCAUCUACCCAUCAUCACCCAUCUUCGCCCCCAUGCAGUGUGCCCACCACGACCGGUCCACCCCCGUUGAAACGUCGCAAACUCACAAGCGUCCCUGCUGGUGCGGUGGACUGGGACGUGCCCUAUCCAUUUCCUGAAGGUGAGGGGCCUGAGGCAUAUCACGCUACAUGGGAGCGGGAACGGGCGAGGCAUCUGAUUACACAACUCUUGGAGUCGAUCAAGACUGUAUCCGAUCCAUCUCCGAUUGAUGUCGAUCAGGUUCCACAUUCUUCGCAGUUAUCCAUACACACCUCUGAAUCCUCGAGAUGCACGCUGUCACCAUCUCCUGCAUCACCUACAACUACCAAUACCUUUCAGCAUAUAAUUCCCGACUGCACCAUUGAUCCUGCACUUCUUGCCAUUUCAAUUCCACCAUCAGCCACAUACAAUUCACUUUCCCAGCUUCCCGCACUCGUUCACUCUCCAUUCACAUCCACUGAUUCGUCUGAUGGAGCCCUCACCCCACCUGCAUAUAGUGACCAAGAUUCAGUGGCCGCUGCCAAAAUGUUACUGCAGUUCGCUGCUAAACCUCCACCACCAUCCUCUGCACCCUCACACAUAUACAUCCCGCCGACAACACACACGCCAUAUCCUCAGGCUGGCCCAUCUCAUUUCUCGUCAUUGCAACCAUCAUCUACUCAAGUUUCUCGCGCAUCGUCUGUUCAAUCCACACACAAAUCGACCCCUACCGUUUCUCGUCGCGCUGGCGUCAAGGCGAUUCAUAAAGAAGAUAUUCUCCAGAAGGCACGGGAACGUCGGCGACAAAUUGUCGGAGAGAUUGAGCGUGCAAAGGUGGAGUUAUGGGAGACGAGUGUUGAGGGAGGGGUGUUGGGCCAUUUGAUGAAGGAUCCAACGCUGUCUUGAUAUUGGCUGGGUACUUACGAUAUUCGAUGUGUAUUGCGGCAAGUAAUACAUGAGUUCUGUUACUGCUCAUGUGAGCUGGC